GCGCAGCCAUGUUGGGAACAUUAGAAGGGAACCAACACCACAACCAGAAAGACGGGAACAUCUAGGUUCGGCAGCGGCGUGUCUUAACACCUUAACACCACCACCAUGGCUGACCCGGAGAAACAGCCCGAACAACCUAAGGCUGUCCAGCAAAAGCUGGUCAUCGCUAACAAAGUGACCGGGACUGUAAAGUGGUUUAACGUAAAGAGUGGAUACGGGUUCAUCAACAGAAAUGACACCAAGGAGGAUGUGUUUGUCCAUCAAUCGGCCAUUAUUAAGAACAACCCGAGGAAGGCCGUGCGCAGCGUUGGCGACGGCGAGGUCGUCGAAUUUGACGUAGUAAUCGGUGAGAAAGGUCACGAGGCAGCUAAUGUGACCGGGCCAUCGGGAGAAGCGGUUAAAGGUUCACCUUAUGCCGCGGACAAGCGAAGGGGAUAUCGUGGAUGUCACUGGAUAUAUCCAAGACGUGGAAAUGUUCGAUCACAGCGUAGACCUCGAGAAGGACAGGAAGGAUACGAAUCCGCCGAUGGCAAAACUGGCGAAGAAGGUAACACCGGUGAGGGUGGCGGCCAGCAACGUCGUUAUAGACCACGACGUCAUUACGACGGUUAUUAUAACCCGGUUACUCGACAUUCCGGACCUAAUCAACAGCAAGGUGAGAACGCUGGAGAAGGUGGUGAGCAAGGAGGUAAGGGCACCGGAGAAGGAGGUGCACCACGCGGUGGUGGACGUGGUCGUGGAGGCCCACCACGACGCUUCUUCCGUCGAAACUUCCGCGGAGGAAGAGGCGGCGGACCACCGAGACGUCCAAGAAACCAGGAUGGUCAGUCGGAGCAGAAGUCGGAUGCACCUAAAGAUAAGGAUGCACCUGCCGCUGCCCCUGCUCCACAGGAGAGUCAACCGGUGCAGAACACCACCACCGAGAGCACCGCUUAAGAAAAGAUUAAAAUGCUACCACCACAACAAAACACUUCUUUUAAUAAGUAACACCAACACCCGUUAUACACUGAAGCAGCAGCAUAAUAACAUCAGCAGAAGCAGUACGCAGCAGCAGCAGCAGCAAUACAAGCAACAGCAGCAAUAAAAGCAACAGGAACAACUAAUAACAUAACAAAUAUUAAAAAAACAAAAAACCAAAAAAAAAAUAUACAAAAAAAAGAAAAGAAAUCAGAAAA